UGUGUGUUUCAGGUAUAACUUGGGUGCUGGUAUACCGAACAGACAAAUACAAGAGAUUAAAGGCCGAAGUGGAAAAACAAAGCAAGAAAUUGGAAAAGAAGAAGGAAACAAUAACUGAAUCAGCAGGCCGACAGCAGAAAAAGAAAAUAGAGAGGCAAGAAGAGAAACUGAAGAAUAACAACAGAGACUUGUCAAUGGUUCGGAUGAAAUCCAUGUUUGCCAUUGGCUUCUGCUUCACUGCCUUGAUGGGAAUGUUUAACUCCAUAUUUGAUGGCCGAGUGGUGGCAAAGCUUCCAUUUAUCCCCCUCUCAUACAUCCAGGGUCUCUCCCACCGCAACCUUCUAGGUGAGGACUACACUGACUGCUCCUUCAUCUUCCUCUACAUUCUCUGCACAAUGUCAAUCAGACAGAACAUCCAGAAGAUGCUCGGUCUUGCUCCUUCCCGGGCUGCCACCAAGCAAGCAGGGGGCUUCCUUGGCCCACCACCUCAGGCAGGGAAGUUCUCCUAAAGCACAGUUACAGCCUUCACGGAAGGUCUGACCAGUGCACAGGACUGCCUUUGGGAGGUAACAAGAUGGGAUUCUGCACCAGGCUUCACAUGUCCAAAACCAGCCUAUGCAGUAUUGGAAACAUCUUCCACUUGGAGUAUUCUACCAGCAGUUGUUUGCUCAUCAAACCAAGAAAGUUCUCAGAAGAUUACUUGACCUUUUGUUUCUGGUGUUUCUGAGAAAUAAAUGGCAUGGGCAUGUU